AUGAGUAAACAUGAGAAGUGGAGUGUUCAUGAUGCAACACAGAUAUUUCCUGACCAUGAAAAUUUUGCUAAUGAACAGGAUGGUAGCAACUCAAAGAGGACAAAGACUUCUGAAUCCGGCGAGUAUACUAUCCCUUCAAAUCCGGAAACUCCCACAUCUAGACAUUCAACUAGUUCCCGACCUAUAGGCGGAGACAAGGCAAAAAGAAAAGGAAAAGGCAAGGUAACACAAUCUGAUUCUAUUAAUGCACAAUGCGUUGCAGAUCUUCAUGCACUUAGGCUAGCUAAAGAUAAUGAAAACGAAAUAGCAAGGGCUCGACUGCAGCUAGAACGUGAAAAGCUGGAUAAGCCCUCUAUGAAGAUGUACCAAAAAUUGUUGCUUAAGUUGUUGGAGAAAGAGCACUUGUCCCCAGAAGAUCAAGACAUGAAAGGGGUCCAAGCUUCUAGAGUCAGAAAAAGGUAUUGGGAAAUGCAACGCGAGAUUGGUGCUGAGCGUUUGAUCAAUGACUAUUUUGGUCCCAACCCGACGUACGGACCAGAGAUGUUUAGACGCGGAUUUCGCAUGCACAAAUCCGUAUUCCUUCGGAUAGUAGAAGCUGUAACUGCUAACGAUGAGUAUUUUCAGGAGAGACGCGAUGCUGCUGGGAGACAAAGUUUGUCCUCUUUACAGAAGUGUACAGGAGCUAUGCGGGUGUUGGCGUAUGGGACAUCAUCCGAUGUCGUCGAGGAAUAUUUGCGGAUGAGUUCAACGGCGACAAGAGAUUCUCUAAUGCAUUUUGUUGAUGGUGUUAUUUCAUGUUUUGGUGCCACAUAUCUUAGAAGACCUACUGAACAAGAUAUGGCUAAACUUCUAUAUGUAGCAGAUCAACGUGGUUUCCCAGGCAUGAUAGGGAGUAUAGACUGCAUGCAUUGGCAGUGGAAAAAUUGUCCUAACGCAUGGGCUGGACAAUAUACAGGGAGAAAUGGAAAACCAAUGAUCAUUUUGGAAGCUGUGGCAUCAUACGACUUAUGGAUAUGGCAUGCAUUCUUUGGGACUCCAGGUUCGUGCAAUGAUAUUAAUGUACUCCAUCGGUCUCCUGUUUUUGAUGAUGUCUUAAAAGGUCGAGCACCAUAUGUUAAUUACGUAGUGAAUGGUCAUCAAUAUAAUAGGGCAUAUUAUCUUACUGAUGGCAUAUAUUCUGCAUGGGCUACAUUUGUCUAG